AUGGCGCCUAAGAAGAGGCUUAACAAAAGAUCGACGCCGUACGAUCCAGAACUUCUUGAAAACUGGACGAUUGCACGCUUGAAAGCUUCGUGUAGAGACCGUGGAAUUAAUUUUCCUAAUCAUGUGCGACGUUUUGCCCUUGUGAGGCUGUUGAGAGAAAAUGGAGCUAACGACAACAGUGCCAACGAAACUAGGUCAGGGACGCGUCACUUCCCUUCUAGCCAAGGUGCGCGAUCCCAUGAUUCCUUGGGUGACGUCAACCAAGAUGGCGGCCCCCAUGAUAUCAACAACAUGGUUGCAGUUCUAUCUUCGUUGUCCCAGUCAGUGUCGAUUUUGAGCAGUAAAGUUGACAAUUUGGAGCAAAAAUUGCAAUCGACCGUCCCUACUACAACAGGGAACACCAUCCAGGACAGAAAUUAUACGGUUAAUAAUGCGAUUAACCCAGGAACGCCCUUCGUUAAUCAAGACACACAUGUAUCUACCGUUACCACAGCAAGUUCGGCAACAUCGCCGGAGUUUACGCUUUCUUCGGCUUACAGUGCAUUCAACAAUAUACCGAGUUCACCAUCGGCAGCUGCUGGAAGUGCUGAACAACUGCGAGAGCACAAAUACUCGAAAAAGAAACGUUUAAUUGUGGAUAUGUCUGCUCCUCACAAUGACCCUGAAAAUCCGAGUCUGAACAGUCUAAUAGACAAAGAUAGUCAUUCCUUACAAUAUGUUAAGAUUGAUGAUGCUAUUAAUCUAAUCAAAAAGCUCGGGAAGGGAACUUGGCUGGUGAAAACAGAUAUUUCUGAUGCCUUCAAACUAAUGCCGAUCAAACCGGAGUUGUGGCCUCUACAUGGAGUUUCUUGGAACCAUAAAUUUUAUUUCUUUGUUAGACUAGUGUUCGGUAGCAGAUCAAGCCCCAAAAUCUUCGACAGUCUUUCCCAGGCUAUCUGCUGGAUCGCGCAAAAUGUUAACAAAAUUGACAAUGUCUUACAUUUACUGGAUGACUUCCUAGUUUUAGAACCACCUCAUGUAGAUGCUAAUGCUACUAUGGAGAAGUUCAUGGCCAUAUUCCAUAAACUAAGUAUACCUAUUGCUAUGCACAAAACGGAAGGACCUUGUACGUGCUUAGAAUACUUAGGCGUGUGUCUUGACUCAAACAAUAUGGAGGCACGGCUUCCUAUGGAGAAAGUGAAUAGAAUUCGUGACAUUUUGGAGUAUUUUUCUUUAAGAAAAACUUGUACAAAACGUGAACUUUUGAGUCUCUUAGGGCACAUGAAUUUUGCCAGCAGGGUAAUACGCCCGGGUCGUUCUUUUGUCUCGCAUCUCAUUAAAUUAUCUACCUCGGUCACUGAGCUACAUCACCAUGUUCACCUAAACUCAGCGGUGCGUUCAGAUCUAGCCAUGUGGUCAUCUUUUCUUUCAUCCUGGAAUGGUGUGUCAUUCUUCCUGGACGACAACAUUACCCUAGCUGCUGACUUGGAGAUAUUUACUGAUGCUACACCCACUUCUUUUGGAGGUUUUCACCGAGGAAAUGACCAGGUUCAGAGUUUUGGCACCACAUGCAGACGUAGAAGCAACACCCUGCCUCCCUUUGCAGGAAAUAUUGUUGGAUUGAAGUAUGACUUCUCUCAGUGGUGGGACAAUUCUCUAAUCAGUACGAUGAGGAUACCGGGCCGCCCGCUUGCGAUACUAUUCUCUGUGUUGUUACUGAUCAACACUGUAGCUGCCAGAUCUACCUCGGAUCUGUAUGACGAACUGGUGGACGUCCUGAUGGAGAUAAGAGACUCGGACGACAGGACGGACGGAGAAAAAAGAGGUACCAUCACCACUCGAGACGACAGCGAUACAAAGAAAAAAGUUAUAGAGGCAUUUGACUAUGCAAAGAAUUAUCUACAGGAAUACAGUGAUCUAAAGAGGCACUAUUACUUCAGAGGAGGAAACCUCGAAACUUUUAAAACUCCGAUACAACAAAUGGGAUCGUCCUCAACAAAUUAUGAAUACACACUUUUAAGCUCCCCGGAAACGGCAACCGGGAAAGUGAAAGCAAUAGUUUUUGAGGUGAGGGCGUGUAACGACGCGCACGUGGGUCUGAAGGAAGAUGAAAAUAUAAAUGGCGAUUUGUACGAAAUCGUUAUAGGUGGAUGGAGAAACAGACAAUCUGUAAUUAGGAACGUAAAACAAGGACGUGCAAAAGUAGUACACGCAGAAAAUUUUCUACUUGACUGUAACGAAUACCGUACGUUCAUGGUGGGGUGGUCGGGACGAAACAUACAGGUAGGCAAGCUCACAGAUUCCGGUUGGGAGUUGUUUAUGCAGUGGCAGGACACCGACAACAAAACAGAUGUCAACUUUAUAGGAUUGACCACCGCUAGAUGGGCUACUGGACAUUUCAGGACUCCAAAACGAGGUCGUGAUAUUUUCAUUGAUACACCUAGAACCUUCGAUACAGCAGUUUAUGCCAUGCUACAUGACCAUGGAUUCCCCACGGUCCAGAGGCCGCCCUACUUGAUGUUUGAAGUUAUGACAUGUAGAAACGCUCAUAUUGGACUUUUUGAAACUGUUGACCAGGACAUUUACAACGGGAUCGAAAUCGUUCUCGGUACAGCCCUCAACACCAGGUCCGUCAUCCGCUCUGGGAAUACCAUACUGGCGUCUGCAGAACUCGAUGGAGUAGUAAACUGUGACGAGUAUAGGGCGUUCAUGGUUAGCUGGCACGCUGGCAACAUACAGGUGUUCCGGCAAACGGACGGAGGAUGGGAACAACUCCUAGACUUUAAAUUGCGGGGAGUCAGAUCGUUUGAUUUCAUCGGGGUCACGACAAAUGUGUACGCAAGUGGGACAUGGCGAUUCGUCUCGACAUUCGAAAUAGGCCUGGAUGCUCCACCAGGAGAUACGUCCUCGGAAACCAUAGCAGCUCUGAAUAAUAUGGACACCGCUCAAACUGAAAUCGACAAGGAGGAAGAGGCAGCUCUGAUAGCAUUGAUAGCCACCAAACAUCUCCUCGACAGAAAAGUAUUCAAGACCCUGAAAGACCUACAAGAAGACAAAGUAGUUAUGGAAUUUUGGGCUGAGAAAUUCCAAACAUCUGAUGGCGAUUGUUUAUCAGAUAUAUCCUGUGACGAGGACACUGAGUACAGAACCAUCAAUGGCGAAUGUAAUAACCUGAAGCAUCAUCACUGGGGAGCAGCACAUACUCCACAAAACCGACUAUUACCACCAGACUACGAUGAUGGUGUAAACUCCCCCCGUACCAAGAGCGUUGAUGGUUCCAGUAUCCUGCCUAGUGCGCGGAAAUUGUCUGUGGAAGUAUUCAGUGAUUCCAGUGUCUUUGACCCCAGUGUCAUGGACCCUCCCGAUGAUCCUAUUAGGAGUUUGAUGGUAAUGGUCUGGGGCCAAUUCACUGACCACGACGUUGGAGAAACACCUAUUUCGAAAGGUUAUAACGACGUGACAGUGGAGUGUUGUAAUGUAGUAGACGUGUUGUUCAGAGGUAAAAGACAACAAUGCUUUACGAUACCUAUUGACCCGUCUACGGACCCUGCCUUUACUCGGGACUGCAUGAACUUCGUCAGAUCUGUUCCCGCCCGAACUAAUCCCUGCAAACCAGGUGUACGGGAGCAGUUGAACGCUAUUACGUCAUACAUCGACGGCUCCAUGAUUUAUGGGAUCAGAACACGAUGUUGCACUAUCUCUACGAGCUGACCACGGAAAAAUGAAAGUGGAAGGCGAUAAUUUUAUGCCAGCGAACGGCGAUCAUGCUUGCGUCCGAGAUGAACCCAAUGCCUACUGCUUUUUAGCGGGUGAUAUCCGAGUGA